AUGGAGAAGGUUCACAGUUUAAAGUCAGGGAAAAUGAAAUUGAUAGGUGGGUUUGAGCAGAUGGUAGAAGGAGGAGUAAUUUGUUCUCUUUGGUGAGGAAAUGGUAUAAAUGUUUUAAAAAUUGCGCCUGAGACGGCACUCAAGGUCGGGGCCUAUGAACAGUAUAAAAAAUGGCUUAGUUUUGAUGAUGCUAAAGUAGAACUUAUUGAAAGAUUUAUAUCUCCUUCAUUGGCGGGUGCAACUGCCCAGACCCGUAUUUACUCCAUGGAGGUUCUAAAGACCAGGCUGGCUCUAGGUAGAACUGGAGAAUAUUCAGGGAUUAUUGACUGUGGCAAGAAGCUUCUGAAACAAGGUGUUAGAACCUUUUGCAAAGAUUAUAUUCCUGACUUGCUAGGCAUUAUACCUCAUGCAGGCAUAGAUCGUGCUGUUUAUGAGGAACUGCAAUGCUUUGACAUAAUCCUCGGCUCAUGGACUCUGUUAAUUGCUCCAGUGGUGAGCACGUCACCUAGCCUAAGUCAAGGAGUCGCCUGUGAGGAUUUGGAGAACUUAGUACCAGGAAAAGCAUUGCAAAAGCUGUCUCUGGUGCCUGAGUUGGAAGAUAGAAAACGGGGCGAUGUUACAUCCAUGCUUCCCACACUAUGA